UAGUCGCCGACGAGGUCGAGGAGACCCAGGUAGUCGCCUACGAGCCCGAGGAGACCAAGGAAGUCUCCGAGGUGGCCGCAGAAAAGCAUUUUUCCGAUGAGGCGACCUCUGGCUGGCUCGACCUCAUUAACCCUCAUAACGAAAGCCUCUUUGGCUUCCCAUUGUCACAAGAGCCGAAUCUCGCGAAACUCGCCAAGAAGGCGGCCAAAAAAGCCGCCAGGCAAGCCGAGAAGGAAGCUUCGUUGAAGGCCUCUUUUAAGCAGGAGGCUCUAAAGAAAAAGGCGGUGAAGGAAGCACAGAGGGAGGCGGCCACCAAGGAAGCGAAAAAGGGGUAGGACGGCUUCGUCGCUGUUGACGGCAACUAGCACGCGAUAGCCGUCGGGUCUUUCCACAAAUACGAAAUCCUCUUCGAAGAGGAACAUAAGGUCAACUCUGUGGACUCAGAGGUUGAGCAAGACAAGAAGGGAAAGGUGGAAGACAAGAAGGGAAAGGGGGAAAACAAGAAGAAGGGAAAGGGGGAAGACAAGAAGGGAAAGGGGGAAGACAAGAAGGGAAAGGGGGAGCAAGACAAGAAGGGGAAACGAGGGAUGACAGGCAAUGCUGAUAAGCGACAGCAACAGGCUGACGAAAACCGUCAGGCUUCUCUGAAACUCGCAUCUGAACAGAUGCAAAAGGCCUUCCUGGGGGACAACGGCCUCCUGGUGGACAAGAUCCUGCUUGCGGGGCCCGGCAACAUGAAGGCCCUUCUUCUCAAGGUUCUGCCCCAGAACCUGGCCAAGGUCACCGAGACCAUGACCGUCAGUCGCUCUGGCAGGUCGGGGCUCUACGAUCUGGCGAAGAUGCUGGAGGCCGAAGACGAGAAGCUUCGGAAGGAGGCCCUCCAGCAGGCUAAGUUGGAACGCGCCCAGCAGGUGAAGUCCAUCCGGCUCCUGCAGUUGACCACGCAAAGCAAGGCCGAGAAAAAGGCUCAGGCUGAGGAGAGGAGGCGGGUCAAGAUCGCUGAGGCAGAGGAGAGAAAGCUCGCCCGGCAGCAGGCGGCGCAGAAGGGGAAGAAGGCCCGCUGCAACUGA